AGUCGGCUGGUCAGAGCUGUCACGUGACCUGACAGGAACCGCAGCGAUGGAGAAAAGCUAAGGAAGGACUCUGCCCUGGCAGUGGCUUCAUCUCCACCCACCGUGCUUGUGGAAUGGCAGCAGUUUGGCAGCAGGUUUUGGCAGUGGAUGCAAGGUACAAUGCUUACCGCACGCCUACCUUCCCACAGUUCCGAACUCAGUACAUCCGCCGACGCAGCCAGCUGCUCAGAGAGAACGCCAAGUGUGGCUUUGAGCCAGGGCUGCGCAGGCAGUACCUGAAGCUGCGCAGUCAGCUGUUGGCCCUACGCUACGGGCCCCUGUCUGAGCAAAGCAGCUUCAGGGCCAGCAGCGUGCGUAGCUCCCGUACCACGCUGGACCGCAUGGAGGACUUUGAGGAGGACCCCCGUUCUCAAGGGGCUCGUGGUCAUCGCCGCUCUGUCAGCAGAGGCUCCUACCAGCUACAGGCCCAGAUGAACAGAGCGGUCUAUGAUGAGAGGCCUCCGGGCAGCUUGGUGCCCACCUCAGUGGCAGAGGCAAGCCGUGCCAUGGCCGGGGAUACGACCCUGAGUGAAAACUAUGCCUUUGCUGGCAUGCACCACAUAUUUGACCAACACGUCGACUCGUCUGUUCCAAGGUUACAGUUUGCUAACGACGACAAACACCUCCUCGCCUGCUGCUCAUUGGAUGGUACCCUGUCCAUCAUGACACUGUCCCCUCCUCCUCCGAGUGUAAAGCUGACUCUAAAAGGUCACGGUGGACCCGUCACAGACUUCGCCUGGUCUCUAAGCAACGACAUCAUUGUGUCAACAUCAUUGGAUGGGACUCUGCGGAUCUGGAACACGGAGGACGGUCGGUGCAUUCGAGAAGUCAGAGACCCAGAAUCCAGCGAGCUGCUCUGCUGCACUUUCCAGCCAAUGAAUAAUAAUCUCACUGUGGUGGGAAACAGCAAGCACCACCUGCAGGUGGUUAACAUCUCCACUGGGAAGAAGGUGAAGGGGGGCUCCAGUAAGCUGACAGGCCGCGUGCUGUCUCUCUCCUUUGAUGCUCCGGGGAGGAUCCUGUGGGCUGGUGAUGACAGGGGAAGCAUCUUUUCUUUCCUCUUUGACAUGGCAACAGGGAAGUUGACCAAAGCCAAGCGGCUGGUGGUGAGUGAAGGCAGCUCCAUCUGCAGCAUAUCUGCUCGUUCCUGGAUCAGCCGUGAAGCCAGAGACCCCUCCCUGCUGGUCAACGCCUGUGUCAAUAAGCUGCUGCUCUACAGGGUUGUGGACAAUGAAGGAACACUACAGCUGAAGAGAAGCUUUCCCAUCCAGCACGGAUCUCAGCACGUUCAUAGCAUUUUCUGCCCCCUCAUGUCUUUCAGACAAGGGGCGUGUGUGGUGACCGGCAGUGAAGAUGCUUGUGUCUACUUCUUCGAUGUCGAACGAAACACCAAGGCCAUUGUCAACAAGCUGCAGGGUCACGGUGGACCGGUUCUGGAUGUGAGUUUCAACUGCGAUGAGAGUCUGCUGGCGUCUGCCGACUCCACCGGCAUGGUUAUCAUCUGGAGGAGAGAGCAGAAAUAAUUCCAUCCACUACAUGUAAAAAAAAGAAAAAUCUUCCUGCUCUUUAACCGUCCAGUUCCAAUGUGUAGGUUUUCACUGGAAAAACAAACAAAAGUGCAAUCGAGUAGAACAUUUUCCUGUGUCGGUGAUGAGGAUGUCGUAGAAAUUCGUAGGGUGGGGAGGUGGGCAGUGUGUGCAUGUCAGCCCUCCCACAGCUGCAACUGGGAGACGGCUUUACUACCAUGCAUGCGUCAUGGCUCACCUCCAGCUCGCCUGGCUGUGGUUGAACUCGUGAACGGGGUGCCAUGUAAUCUUCCUGAAAAAACAACACUUUGGAUCACACUAAUGUUCCCUCUUGCAUAGCUAUAGUUUACUAUUUAUGUAACUGUUAUUUAAGCAGUGUAAUCAGCUGUUUUUUUUUGUUGUUUUCAGUUGCCUGUAUGCCUUUCAGAAUAUGUGCAUGAAGUUAAAAUCACAAUCUGAUCAUUAAGAUUACGGUGUGUUUAUUAAUGUGUUUGUACCUAUUUGUAUGUUUGUGGUCUGUUUAUGCUGGUUGCUGAUUCAGAUAAUUUAUUUAAACAAUAAAUGGCUGCAUUGCGACUCA